UUUUAAUAAAGAAUAUGAAAAACCGAAUAAAGAAGAAAGCCCCAGACUCGCAACUUUCAGUGUAUGCUUGCGUAUUGAUACAGACACAGAAAAUUUGAUACGAUCACAGAUACGAAAUGUCUCGAUUGGUUCACCAUUCAAAGCUCAUCUUCUACAGAAUCUCCAGUAUAGCCACCUCAAGAAAUGGACGGUUUCUUUCCACUGGUCCUGAUAAAUCUAGUGGCCUUAAUGAUUCUGCUAAAACCGAUAAAGUUGAGGAAGCUGAGACGGUGGAGGUUCCUCCCCCUCCAACAGAGAAGUUGCUUGUACUUGGUGGAAAUGGAUUUGUUGGUUCCCAUAUCUGCAAGGAAGCUUUAAAUCGUGGUCUGACUGUUGCUAGCCUCAGCAGAUCUGGUAGAUCCUCGGUACAAGAAUCGUGGGCUAACAGUGUGAUCUGGCAUCAAGGUAACCUUUUCUCGACCGACUCAUGGAAGGACGUGCUCAAGGGAGUGACCUCAAUUAUUUCUUGUGUCGGCGGCUUUGGUUCCAACUCAGAAAUGUACAAAAUUAAUGGAACUGCAAAUAUUAAUGCUAUUAGAGCUGCUUCGGAAGAAGGAGUCAAGAGAUUUGUAUAUAUCUCUGCUGCUGACUUCGGUGUAGUAAAUUAUCUUCUAAAUGGGUAUUAUGAGGGAAAGAGAGCUGCUGAGACCGAGUUACUCACCAGGUAUCCUUAUGGAGGAGUGAUUCUGAGGCCUGGAUUUAUACACGGGACUCGCCAUGUUGGGAGCAUGAAGUUGCCACUUAGUGUGAUUGGUUCUCCUUUGGAAAUGGUACUCCAGCAUGCUAAACCACUGAUCCAGGUUCCCCUGGUUGGACCUCUAUUGACCCCUCCAGUUAGUGUCAAUGCUGUGGCCAAGGUUGCUGUAAGAGCAGCAACUGAUCCGGUCUUCCCUCCAGGAAUUGUCGAUGUGUACGGAAUUUUACGGUAUAGUCAGCAAAGAUAAGCAUGGACUAUUCUCGUCUUAAUACUGGAGUGAAGUUUUUAGUGCAGAGUCGUUUCUCUUGAGGCCUGAAAUAAUAAUCUGAAUGUAAGGAGACAGUAGUAUUGUCCUUGCUAUAGUGCGGAUAGUGGGAUGAUUGAUGUAAUAAAGAGGCGAUCGUUGAGCAUACAUGUCCAAUGUAGUGAAGAGUAGAUCCAUCUAUAAAUAUCAUUCUUGUUUGGUUGUGGAUUAUGAUUUCUGUGAGAAAUACGCAUGUAGACUCUGUUAUGCUGCGGUUUCGUGCAGUUACCUUUUGUUGUUCAAAGAAAAUUUUAAG